AUAGUUUUGUCAGUCAGUGCAAAGGAGAAAAUAAGGACAGGUAGGAGAAAAGAAAAAAAGUGCUUUUACCGUGCGAGUCGCGAAGACGUGAAAUUUUUUUGAAGAAAAGCUGGUAUCAAAUUUCGGCCAUGAAUUAAGUGCUGUGAGCGUUGGAAAUAUUGUACUCGCAUAGGGAAAGUGUGCCGCCCUUGAGUGUAUUGCCGAAAAGGACCAUCAGAAGUGAACCGAGGAAACUGGUUAAUUUUUAGGGGCUUGAAAAUUAUUGCUGGUAGUGUCAUCAGUUUUCGUUUAGCUCGCUCGUCGCUGGCAGGUUGUGACAAACCGAAUUUGAUAACGGUGUGAGAAGUGCUAAGAAAUAUAACAAUGUCCGGAUUCGAUGACAAUCCUUUCGGUGAACCGAUAGUGGACAAUCCGUUCGCGGAUCCGUCGAUUCGAGAAGCAACCAGAAACAGUCGUAAUACGCAGCAGACCCUGGUUGAAUAUGACCCCUUUUCCGACGAACCCGUUCCACAGCGAACACAGAACAAUUUUGGCCAGCCUGCGACGCUGCUGUCCUCACCACAAACGGUACCAGCCUACAGUUCGAGUGGGGCUCAAUACAACAACAAUGCAGCAGUUCCUGGAGCGAGUAGUGCUGCCGCUAUGACACAGAUCUCCACCGCAGAACUACAGCGGCGCCAAGAUGAGCUAGAGAAGAAAGCCCAGGAGCUGGAGCGACGCGAGGCGGAGCUAAUGAAUAGUGCCAAUGCGAGCCGACCCAACAAUUGGCCGCCAUUGCCAUCGUUCUGUCCGGUGCAGCCCUGCUUCUAUCAUGAUAUCAACAUCGACAUCCCGACUGAGUUCCAGAAGAUUGUACAGAAUCUUUACUAUCUGUGGAUGUUCUACGCAUUGGUCAUGACCGUCAAUAUUCUCGGCGGGCUGGUGAUACUGAUUCAUUCCGGUGAUUUCCGAACCUUCGGGUUGGGUAUGUUCUACGCGAUACUUUUCACACCGGCAUCGUUUUUGUGCUGGUAUCGUCCGGCAUACAAAGCGUUUAAGAAUGAUUCCAGCUUCAACUUUAUGAUGUUCUUCUUCAUAUUCUUCUUUCAAACGCUCGUAACCAUUAUUCAAACUAUCGGUUUCCCAGGAUCGGGUACGUGCGGGGUUAUCAUGGCAAUUACGCAGUUCGGGGGCGGUGGCAUCGGUAUUCUAGUCGGUCUCUUCGUUCUGGCUAUUGCCUUCGGAUAUGGCGCUUGUGCUGCAGGAAACAUUUUCAUGCUAAGCAAGAUUCAUGCAAUCUACCGCAGCGGAACGGAAACCAACCGCAUCACAAUGGACAAAGCCCGUCAGGAGUUCCAGUCCGGCUUCUUCGGCAAUCAGAUCGUACGAGAUGCGGCCGCCGGCGCUGCUCGGGCCUCUGUGCAGUCGCAGUUCAACCAGAACAGCAUUUACUAAAGAGAACAAACUGCACCAGUAUAUACUACAUCUGAAUCACGUGAUAUGUCCCAGGAAAAGUACGCUACACUGUGCGUAAUACACUAAAAAUAUGCCGUAUUAAAUUAUAUCUCUAGAGCUUUGCAAAUGUUAAGCAGAAUCUGAUGUUUGAAUGAUAUCUUCAUGUUAAGUGUUAAAUUCGAUCACUAAAAUAGGUAGAUCUACACAAUGUAUCUGUUCCUUUAUUAUUGAGUUGCUACUUUGCCGCAACUUUUUUUUCUAUCUCACACUUCAUUAAUUCUAGGUAUAUUUAUAUUAGUCCAUUAUAAUCGAUGAUCAGUUUAUUUAUUUCAAGUCUAAAUCAUGUUUUGUCACACUAGAUAACAAACUUUUUUACAUGCAAGUGUGCAGAAUGUAUUUCUAUAUAACUGUAAUAGGACAGAAGUGUUAAACGUUGUAAAGGGGUUGAGUUUCUGUUCUGUCCUGUAAUAAAGUCGUUUUUCUGCUCUCAAAAA